UUUUCCUUCCUUGUAACGCUGCAAACGUUUUGGUUUUUUCUCCUUCAAUUGACAUGGUUAUGUACUGGAAGGACUGAAAUUAUUGAGCACAUUCCAAAGGAAGAUGCGACGCGAUACGUGCGGUCUGUGCUUCUGAAUAUACGGCCGCAGCUAUUCAUUCUUUCCACUCCGAACCACGAAUACAACGAAGCGUUUGGUAUGCCUAAUGGAAAGUUUCGCCAUGAUGAUCAUAAGUUCGAGUUUACGCGGCAACAGUUCAGAAAUUGGUUACACGAAAUACUUAGUGAUUUUCCGAACGACUACGAAUAUGCAGUCAGUUACGUGGGUAAUGUCCAAGCUUAUGCACACCUUGGAGGUGCCACGCAAUUCGGAAUAAUUCGGCGCAAACAGAAUGGGGUUACCACGAUGUUGCCUCAUGUCUCCUCAAAGUCUUAUAAAAAGGUUGGAGAACUAGUAGUGAAAAAUUCAUUUUUCCCCCUGGAACGGGAGAAGAUUAAGCAAGCGUUUAUCCUGUGGUUGGAAGAGAAUCCACUACUGCAAGAAGGCUUGACUAAGAGCUUUAUUGGAGAAUUCUGGCGUGUAUGUACAACAGCUGUUAUGAACAAUGUAGAACUCCCUGCUCAGCUCAAGAAAGGCCUCAGUAAGAAGGCACUAGUGGAUGUGCUGCGAUUCCAAUGUAACGGACGGGUAAUCUAUGAAUCCCAUGACGGCGAGGUUUACUUAAACAUUCCCCACAAUGUGACGAAAGAAGAACUUAUCGAAAUAAUGACUUCGAAAAACUCG